GAUGAUGAUGAUGAUGAUGAUGAUGUUGAUGUUGAUGUUGUUGUUGUUGUUGUUGUUGUUCUUCUUCUUGUUCGAGUGGUCAAGUUCGACACACACGCACACUCUCUCUCACCCUCUCUCACACCCACAAUCAACCAUUGCUCGAUGACGAGGCGCCUGACGCCCUCGGAGCCGUUUAGACCGAGGUCUGGCCCCGAAAAAGGCACUGGUCGUCUUGUCGUCCCCCGAACUCGGCCGUCUUGUCGACAAGGCAAUCCCGGCUGUGGUGAUGGAAUGGCGAUCUCAAGUGUGGGGUGAAGGCGAGUGCCGACCUGUCACGCUUCCAAGGGCCAGUUUCCCCUCGCCAUCGAUAUAUCCGGCGCCCCACAAACCCCACGACACAUAUCCGUCGAGCUCAAAUGUCAGAGCCGGCCGGCCCUCGUGCUGUAUUUUGUACAUUGCUACAGCCGGCCGAAUCAGGCAAGCCGAGAGACGGACAAGACUGGCCUGCACUCACUCUCACUCUCACUCUCACUCUCAUCAUCACCAUCACCACUCUUGCUCUCACCACUCUCACUCUCGUCUCAACCCUCACUCCCUCUCCCACACACUCGCCGUCCCUCCGUCAGCUCCCGCCCUCAGAAAACAAACCCAGGACUCACUAGGUCGUGCCUCACACUUUCCAUUGGCCCCAUCAACCCGCCACAAUGCCUCGUCCCCCGUUGUCCGAGAACAGGUCCAUGGCCAUCCUCAAGGCCGCGAGACAGGGAAACUACGCCGUGCCAGGGAUGUGCUGCUACAACAUCGAGUCCAUCAUCGCCACCGUCCGUGCCGCCGAGGCCGCAAAGUCCCCUGCCAUGGUGCUCCUGUUCCCCUGGGCCAUCGAGUAUGCUGGCACCUCGCUGGUCAAAGCCGCAGCAGAUGCCUGUCACAAUGCCAAAGUGCCCGUGUCGCUGCAUCUGGACCACUGUCAGACACCCGACCUCGUGAGGCGCGCAGCCGAUAUCGAGGACGGCUUCGACUCCAUCAUGUGUGAUAUGAGCCACUAUGACAAGGAGGAGAACCUCCGUCUCACCAAGGAGCUCGUCGCCUACUGCCACGACCGGGGCAUCGCUGCGGAGGCAGAGCCAGGCAGGAUCGAGGGCGGGGAGGAUGGCGUCGCCGAGACGGCAGACCUCGGCGGCGUGCUCACCACCCCGGAGCAGGCCGAGGAGUUCGUGGCCACCGGUAUCGAGAUGCUGGCACCGGCAUUCGGGAAUGUGCACGGCAACUACGGCCCCAGGGGCAUCCAGCUCGAGUAUGACCGUCUGCAGAGCAUCUAUGACAAGGUCGGCGACCGUGUCCAGCUCGUCCUCCACGGCGCCGACCCCUUCACCGAGGACAUCUUCCACAAGUGCAUCGCCGGAGGAGUCACCAAGGUCAACAUCAACAAGGGCAUGAACAAGCACUAUGCUGCCGUCCAAGACGAGAUGCGAGGGAAACCCCUGACCAGCGUCAUCGAGGCCGGCACCAAGAGAAUGCAGGAGGCUAUCGAGACAUAUAUGCAACAGCUGGGCAGUGCUGGAAAGGCCUGACGCCCGUCAUCGUCAUCGUCAUCGUCAUCGUCAUCGUCAUCGUCAUCGUCACCAGCCCACCCGUGCGCCGAUAUGAAGGCGGCGCGGGGAGAAGGGGGAAAAUAGAGAGAGUAUGGGCUGGUUGGGGCCGGCGCUGCUUAUUAGACUUGUAGUGGAGUAACACAUUUUGGCUGCCAAUACAGUAAAGCACAGACGGCCGGGAUGCUGAAAAGUCACGGUGGAGGGUCUCCUCUUGUCGUAUAGGGUGGCCCCCUAGCAUUACCGAGCGAUUGACUGCAAGUAGCAUUGAGGAUUACAUUCAUCACAACAA